AUGGAGAUUGUUCGGAGCCAAAAUGGGCCAUCAAGCCAAGGCGGAAGCCACACGGAGGAGCUGAAAGCCAAAUCCUUUCCAUUUCAGGUGGGAGACAUGCACAAAAUCUUGGUCCAGCAAGAAAGCAAGAAAGAAAAAAAGGGGAUUGCUUUCCCCAGUGUUCACUGGAUAAUUCGCCCCGAGGAUGAGUCAGAUUUAAUGUUUGCAAAGACUUUUAAUCAGAGUGGAAACCUCACUGAAUGUGAAACGCUUCAGGAAAGGACUAGUUCCAACAUAUACCUGAAUCAAAGUAUUUCUGCAGAUGAGAGACAGUGCAUGAAUUCAGAUCUUGGUGAGAUGAAACAUCCAAAGAUCCAAAAAGGGGAGAAGCUGUUUAAAUGUUUGGAGUGUGAGAAAUGCUUUGGUCAAAGCACCCAUCUCACAUCACACCAAAUCAUCCACACAGGAGAAAAACCGUACUGCUGCGGGAAAAGAUUCAACAAGAGUGUCAACCUUUUUAAGCAACAAAAGAUUCACAAGGGGGAGAAACCACACUGCUGCCCGGAUUGCAGCAAAAGUUUUGCAGCCAAGCCGAGCCUCAUUCAACACCAAAGAGUGCACACAGGGGAAAAACCCUAUACAUGUACGGAGUGCGGAAAAAGUUACAGUUCCCGAGGAAACCUUAGGGUCCAUCAACGGAUGCACACAGGGGAGAAGCCAUUUUCCUGCUCCGAAUGUGGCAAGAGCUUCAGCGACCAGUCCAGCUUUGUUAGACAUAAGAGAAUCCACACCGGAGAGAAACCGUACACCUGUGCAGAGUGUGGGAAAAGCUUCAGCCAAAGUAGCAGCCUGACUUUACAUCAGAGAAUCCAUGCCAAGAGAAGCUGCCACACAAAACUCAGCAUUUGCUGA